GCCCCAGCCUUGCUCUAGUCCAAACGCCUGGACGGGCACAGAGCUCUCAUGCUGCCCUGGGUGAUUCUCCUCUGUACCCUGAUAGCAUCGCUGCUUGGUGGGCUCUACCUCCUGGGCAUGUUUCGGAGCCGGAGACCUAAUGAGCCACCUCUGGACAAAGGUACCAUCCCCUGGGUGGGUUACAUGCUGGAUUUCAGAAAGGACAGUUCAGAGUUUCUAAAAAGGAUGCAGAGAAAACACGGGGAUAUUUUCACGGUGCUGAUCGGAGGCUAUUACUUCACCUUCGUGUUGGAUCCCUUCUGCUUUGGAGCCAUCGUGAAGGAAGCACGAUCUAAACUAGACUUUAGGCCUUUCGCAACUAAACUGGUCCUGCAGGUUUUUGGCUACAAGGCCAUCGAAGCCAACCAUAGCAUAAUUCAUUCAUCGAGCACGAAGCAUCUGAUGGGAGAUGGACUGACUGUCAUGACACAAGCGACCAUGGAUAACUUUCAGAAGCUGAUGCUUUUCAAUCUGAGCUCAGGAGAGGAGAAGCGAGUGUGGCAAGAGGAUAGCCUCUUCCACUACUGCUACAACAUCGUCUUCAGAGCUGGCUACCUGGCUCUGUAUGGCACUGAGCCCCACCAAGGGCCAGAUAACAAGGAGAAAGCUGAUGAGCAAGAUCGCAUCUACUCCAACCAGCUGUUCCACGAAUUUCGGAAGUACGACCGCCUCUUCCCUCGCCUGGCCUAUGCUGUGUUGCCUCCCAAGGACAAAAUAGAAGCUGAACGGCUGAAGAGGCUCUUCUGGAGCAUGCUGUCUGUGGAGAAGAGCUGGCAGAAGGACAAUAUCAGUGGGUGGGUAAGUGAGCAAAACCAGCUUCUGGCAGCCAAUGGUGUCCCCGAGUACAUGCGGGAUCGUUUCAUGUUUAUGCUCCUCUGGGCGUCCCAAGGCAAUACAGGCCCAACUGCCUUCUGGCUCCUCUUCUACCUAAUGAAACAUCCAGAAGCUAUGAAGGCUGUGAGGGAUGAGGUGGAUAAAGUCUCAAGGGAGAAUGGUCAGGAAGAGAAGCGGGGGACCCCACAAGUUAACAUCACUAGGGACAUGUUAAACCAGACUCCCCUUCUGGACAGUGCACUGGAGGAGACCCUGAGGCUGGUUGCAGCCCCAAUACUGAUCAGGGCUGUCCUCCAGGACACCAGCCUUAAGACAAGCAGCGGGAUGGAGUACACCCUCCGCAAAGGAGACAGGCUGGCUCUGUUCCCGUACAUCUCCGUGCAGAUGAACCCAGAAAUUCACCCCGAGCCUCACAAAUUUAAGUACGACCGCUUUGUAAAUCCAGAUGGCACCAAGAAAGAUUUCUACAAAAAUGGGAAGAAGCUGAAAUACUUCAACAUGCCUUGGGGGGCAGGAGUAUCCAUCUGUCCCGGGAGGUUCUUCGCUACCGCUGAAAUUAAACUGUUUGUGUUCUUGAUGCUGAGUCACUAUGACCUGGAGCUGGUCAACAAAGAAGAGGAGAUCCCAGAGAUAGACGUCAGCCGCUGGGGAUUCGGGACGAUGCAUCCUGUUCAGGACGUUCGGUUCAGAUACCGGCUACGCUUUUAACUUGGGAAGGCCUUGUUGUGUUGUUUGUCCUGGUGCUGUGAAAUAAAUUGAGUGAUCCCAUGGUUAUCA